AUGGAUGGAGGAGAGUGUAGAGUGUUGAGGGCCGAUGUUGCCAACUCUAGGCUUGAGUCUCUCUUGUUGGAGAUCUCGGCAUAUUCACCGACUUCAAAUUUGGCCAAAGUUACGGAGAAGAUCACUAAAGCUGUGCUACAGAUUAAUGAAUUCGAACUUUUGCCCAAACUGCUCGACUCACAUUUACAGUCGUACGUUGACACGAUCUUGGCCAGCUAUAUUCUACUGCAGAAACGAAACCCCUUGCUCUGUAAGCACUUGGCUGAACUCAUCUAUGUUCUCACUAAGGUACGAGGAUAUAAGGUAGUGGGAAAUCACUUCCCGAACGAUGUUUAUGACGUUCCUAAUCUUCUCAAAGUGCUCAAUUCGGAAAAGGUCGACGACUUUGAAACUUACUUGAAUUUACUCUGGCUCUCCACACUCGUAAUGGUGCCAUUUCCACUUGCCAGCAUUCAGGCAGGCCUUGAGAAUGACAUUGCCGAAGUGGCGGUCAGGUUUAUGACUAUCCGGACAAACGCAUCCAAAUCCCAGCUUAUGCUGCUGAUUUUACUCUCCAACUUGGUCACCCGCCCUGACUGUUCCCAUCUCCUAUCAGAGUACGUGGAGGAAACCUCUCAAGAUUGGGUGUCGAUGGACCAGAACGCUAAGCUUGGACAUCUCAUGGCAUUCAACCACAUAUUGAAACGAUACUCGAACCAAACAGUGUUGGAUCUGGCACCAAUAAUCUACUCCAAAAUGGUUUACCUUGACUUUACUCAACAUAAACAUAAUCCAUCCUAUCAUGUGAACUCAAUUCAUGUGCUCUAUUUGAUCAAGGUUUCAGCCAAAAUUGCGAGAAUUGCCGUACUAGCAGAUGAUUUCGCUACUGUGGCUUCGAUUUUAAAUAACUACAUCCAUGAGGUUGUAGACUCAUUGGGAGAUCGGUUCGACGCUAAACUUCGGGAAUCCACCGCCAAAAAUUUGUGCAAAAUCGUCUCUUUUCUCAAUACAAAAGCGGUGAAUUAUGCAUCUCAACUCACAUGGUUUGUCACAGACCAACUACGGAUCCCCGAGUUAAGGUGCGGAAGCUUCGUGGAUGAUCUUGCAGUUUCUUCAAAGAAUCUCGUUGUUUCAAGAUAUCACACGGUAAUCUUAUUCUUGGGAUUUCUAGCAUUGACAAAAUCCGCUCCCUUUGAAAUGGUAGUGACGAUUCUCUCUGUUUUUCACUCGACUUGUACCAUUUCAAAGAGCACUUUCUCGUUUGUUCAAGGCUCUCAACUUCGAGAUGCCUCGUGUUUUGCUGCUUGGGCAAUUAUAAGGUCGCUCAAAAUGGAAGAUUUCUCCAAGUUACAGGGAGCAUAUCCUAAUUUAUGGCAUACAGUGUUCUCCGAUAUUAUGAGGAUCAUCAUUUUUGACGAAGAUUUCACUAUUCGACGCUGUGGAAUUGCUGUACUCCAAGAAUUUGUUGGUCGAUUUGGCUCUACCUACUUCAAAAUUAUUUUCCCUGAGAAGAAUAACAACGAGACAGGAGCAUUGACAUUGCAUUUAAUUGAAUUGUUCCAGUCUUCUGCUGUGUCUAGUCCUAGAGAUGCUCAUUUGUUGAUCUUACAAGUUAUCGAACUAGGUUUCCCCAAAUCUCUCUUUUACGGUUCACUAUUCGAAGAGAUGAUCAACAGGGAGGUCCGCUUUGAGUCACGGAAGUUGGGUGGUCAUUACUUGACUAAGCUCUGUGCUCUCUCUCCCUCUUAUGAAUGGCCUGGACAGUCACAGUAUUCCACUGCUGAGAUCGUACAAUCACUCAUUUCAUUGUACGGAAAAGCAGAUAUGACAUCCUUGUACUCUCUAGGGGAGUUUCUUUUUGCUGGUUUAGUGAAUGAUCAGCAAUAUACUUCGAUUUCUGAGAUUAUUGAAAACGUUCAUUUUGAUCACCACCGCAACAAGCCCUUCCAAGCUGAGAGCUUGCUUCAUUUGUAUAACGCUUACUUGCCAGGGGCAAGUACUUUUCCAACUAACUUAGAAGAAAAUAUUCUUUCAAUCACGCGCUUGGGGCCGCUGGAAGACCUUUUUAUUGAAUUGCAGGUGAUGUUUGACUUCCUUGCAGCUUCAAAUGCUCUGCCUAUUAGACCCUGGGAAUUAAUUCGAUAUAUCGAACACGGGAAUAUCCUAUUGGCUCAAACAUCAACGAAAUACAUCAUAUCGCAAAAUGUUUUGAGUACAGCACAAGCGAUAGUUCUAAAUCCCAAGGUCAAUGCUGACACUCGUGCAUUAUUAGUUUCAUCACUAGGGAAAGCAGUCAAAUUGACCGAAGAAACGGGAAUCAGUGAUGAAUUUUCGGAAAUGGUUCUUUCUCUGCUUGAUGACUAUACUCUUACCACUGAAGGAGAUGUGGGGCUGAAGGUCAGAGGAGCUGCAUUAAUGGUACUCGAGAACCAUCCCGAUUUCGCAAGACAUUUGGGCAAUGAAGUGGAACAUAGACUUAUCAGAUUAGCAGGGGAGCCCAUGGACAAACUUCGGGUCUGGUCGUUUCGGCUUCUAUGUGAAAUCAAGAAUAUUGAUACAUAUAAGAAGAACUACCAAAUCUAUUUGAGUGAUUACAACCAGUAUUUUAUAGAUUUGGUGCAUUUCUACAAUGUACACAUGAGCGAAGAUUUGACACCAUCGUUCUGGAAGGGGAUUGUUCAUACUUCAGGAGGUUUAACUGGCAGUAACUUGCUUAUCAACAUUUCGCUCAGGCAAGUCUUGGUGAUCGCUAAUGAGUUAAAUGGGCCAGACGUCGUGGUAAGUCAACUACUCAAACUACUUCGGAUUCCUCCGCAGCAGAAGGUGGCCGAUUUGGACCAGAGAACCAGAAAGACAUUCAAUAUGGCUCUCAAUUUGCUUGGAAGAAUAUUCGACUCUGGAGUUGAAUUGAGCCCCGAGUUUCUGUUUGAAGCUCUUUUCAUUCGGACGUACAAUUUGCAGAUAAACACCACAGACUCCACAAGAAUCCGUCUAGCUCUCAAGGUUUUCCAGCACCUUUCCACUUCACAACAUUGCAAUGCAGAGAUACGAGUGAAGAGUCGAAAGCGACUUUGCUGGAUUACAUGUUUCCAUCCAGCAGAGAAAGUCAGGGCUUCAAGUGCCGACUGUCUCUUCGAGAUAUGUAACGAACUUGAUCUGCAUAAUGAGAUCUUGACCUCGGUUGAGGAUGCAACGUGGGCGAUGUCUAAAAAAUCUAAGGCUGAUCUACAAAAACUUGAACAAGCAUAUUUAAGUAUGUGA